AUGUAUCUCUCAACCACCCUUCUCCUCCUCCUCACCGCCAACGCCGCUCCAGCAACCGCUCAAGUAACCUUCAACACCAGCACGUACCAAUUCAUCUGCCCCUCCACCCCACCCAACGCCGCCUACUGCGCCGGCCCAUCCCUGACCUCCAACAUCAUCAUCCGCUGCACCGGCACCUCGGGCCAAGCCGGCAACUGCAACGACAAUCUCGCCGGCGUGCCACCGCUCGGCGUCAAAGACUUCGCACCGUGUUACGAAUCCUCCCCCGCGGCCGGCGACGCCGCCUGCUCCUACGGCGGGACCGUCUACCCGGACGGCGUCGGGCCCGGCUUUCCGGUUCCGGGCCCCGGCAACAAUAGCAACACGGCCUUGACCACCACCGCUGCUAGCAACGUCAACGGCAGCCUAUCGAUCACAUCGCCACAUACCUCCCUCUCUACCCCAGCUUCCACUUCCACCUCCUACAUCUCCCCUUCCAUCCCACCAGCAGCAUCUACCGCCCUCGCUAGCGCGCGCUACCCCAUUCCCCUCCUCGCAGCCAACGGCACUAGUACCGGUACCGUCGCAACAGCAGCGAGUGGAACUGGGACCGGGACCGCGCCGCGCAACACGACGCAUGGAUCGUCGGUGCCUGGGUUCACGGGGGCCGCCGCCGAGGGCAGGAGGACGAAGGCGCAUCUGGGGGCCAUGGUUGCGGCUGCGGUUGGGAUGUUGGUGUUGGAUUAA